AUGUUAAACGUGACUGCUGCUUGUAACUGCCUGGCCUCUGUCUGCGCUUCAUUUCCUCCCGUGCUUAAUUCAGCUCGCUGUUCGGACCUCGGGGAUCUAGUCUGCGGCUCUUGUGAGUGCCCAGUUGGCUGGAGUGGUGAAUUCUGCGAAUGCAGAUCGACAGAAAUCAGCGAGAUCCCAGCCGACCAAACUAGUCUUGAUGCCGCUAUGUUGGCCAAAUGUACACGCCCUGGCGAUAAAGAUGUGGGUGUGCUCUAA